UAUAUAUCGUCAAGCUAUCUACCGUCAACUUCAAAUCGAAAUCGUCAACAACUCGCGCCAUCCUUCUUGAACGCGGUCAAAUACAAUAUCAAUCGUCACUUUCUAACUCUCAAAUUCUUAUAUAUGGGUCACAAGGUUUCACAGCCAAGUGCGGCGGAUCUUUCUGAGAUGGAGCCAUCAGGCUCGAGUAAUUAUCAACCGUCUGUCGCGGACGUCUUCCGAGUAAAACGAUAUCUGCAAUCCAAGCUUCCUACGGAGCUUAUUGACAGGAUCAUCGACGACGCGUCUUACUGGCCACACAGCUCAGUCUACCUCGUGCGACCCUCCACCGUCCCAAUUUACAGGGACGGAAAGCGGGGUGAAGAUGGAAUUUAUAUAAGAUCACUCCCUCUUGGCAUUCACGGCACUGAUCGCGACUUCACUCUCGUCGAGGAGGACUUCGAGGACGGUGGUGCGGCCUGGAUGAAGAACCUGCGAAUGGGCGGAUCGGACGAGUCUUCACCGUCCGCGCUAUCGCAUCCAUGCAGAAAGAUAGAAUUCCAUCUUUGGAGUCAUGACCAAAGAUUGCGCGAGCAGUUUCCCGAGACGUUCAACGCAUCUUACAUAUGGUUCUACGUCAGCAUAGAGAAAUUGCAGACACCCAUAUCUGCAGAUAACGUCGUCGAAUGGCCACCGCAGCUUCUUUUCGAAGAGUGCGACGCAUCUCGUAUUCAAAGCGACACCGCCAAGCCAUUCCUUCCUCCCAGUAUCGCAAUUCGAAAGAAUGUCGCGGCAAAGAGCCAGGGAUCAGAGCACAUCAUUCAUUGGCACUUUCGCGGUGAAAAUGACCAGGAACCCGGCGAUGACAGUGUUUGGCACUUUCUUGAUAAUUCCUUUGACAGGCCAGCCGCCAAGGCCGCAGAAGUGGUUAGACUGUUGCACAGUAUUCAAAUAGGAGAUUGUGUCAGCCUCUGGGCUCACGGUCGGUUUCCCAACUCUGAAGAUAAAGUUCAGCAGGCCAAGGUCACUGUGUAUUGGGCGGUGUAGACAUGAUGGCGUCUUCAAUAUUCAAUUAAUAUCUGCUGGUAGAAUUUUUCGAUCUCGUUCCCUAACCCCCUUACUUACGAGGCGAGCUCGUUUUACAGUACUUGCUACGCAUGUUAUAGAGGAGGGCUUGGUAGAUUAUGUUUGUUGCGAAUUCCAUGUAUAACCACUUUGUUGGAUAUAUCAUACAACCAUCGACACGAGUUAGAAAGUAUUUGGGAUGCAAUGACUUUGCUGCGGGCAACAAUGCCCCCCUCCAUUUCGGAGACAAAAUAAGUAUGACUUUAGUACUCAGGGCCUCCGACGCAACUGGUGCACUAUAUCAUGAAAUGAACAGAGCGAGAAGAUCAGGUGAUAUGGGCGUCUGGAGCAGCUAUAGCAGGCACCCCUAAGUCUGGUUAGUUCAAGCACAAAUCGUCAACUUCGAAGUUGUUAAUUACCG